UUUGUUUCAAUUCAUUACAUAUUAUCUCUUUUAUUUCCCUCAUGGCCUACCAAGCAGCUUCUGGCUUAUUGAGCCUCGCUCAAAAUACACCCAUCCCUAAACGCUCUAUUCCUGCCGUCGAUAAGGCUAACAUGCCUAGACCUUACAAAUGCACAAUGUGCCCAAAGAGCUUUUAUCGUCUUGAACAUCAAACUCGUCAUAUUCGCACCCACACCGGCGAGAAACCCCAUCCAUGCACUUUCCCUGGAUGUGAGAAGCGUUUUUCUCGAUCCGAUGAGUUGACCCGCCACGCUCGUAUCCAUACCGCCAAUGGAUCCAAGAAGAGAAAGCAAACCGCCAUGCGAUCUGUUAGUAACAAGCGACCUACUCCUAACAACUCGCUGCCUCCUAGCCCAGCUUUGUCCAGCUGUUCAUUUGAACACAACUCGGAUUCUGACAGUGACUAUUUGCGCACUCCAGAUACUUCACCGGUGCUUUCUCACCGUACUAUGUUGACACCUCCUCGCAAGUUGAGCAUUCUUGAAUGCAGGUCGUCUGAACCCAUGUAUGCUCGCCCUCAUUCCCAUGGUGAGCCUCGUCUGACCGAUAUCCUUGAAAACCCUGCCACGUCUCGUGUGCUCCCCCCUCUCUCUAUAUCAACCUCUGCUUUUGCUGUCCCUGCUUCCAUUGAAAAGCCUACACAUGCAUUGCCCUCCAUUCAUUCCCUACUUUCUUUCAACUAGACUUUUAUCACCACCACUCCAUCAUUUUGUAGUACCUUGCAUUCAAAGCAUUAUGUAUAUUGAACACUUUUUCCCUUAAAAAUUUAAUAUGUCCUCCCUCCCCU